AGUAUUUACCACUGUUCCUUUACCCGAACCUGGUGGCCCUAAUAAAACGGCUCCUAUUUUACUAGUUAGGACAUCAUCUUGAGUUGGAGGAGCUGCAUGGACUUUAAAAUUUGGAGCCAUUAUUGUGAUAGGGGUGACACAGCUUAAACCAAAGAUGUUUCAGUUAUCAAUCAGGGCAGUCGCCCAGAAGGUUUAAAGCAGGGUCACGUGUACAACUGUUAUCAUUAAAGGUAGCCAACUUUGACAAACAAUUAAAAUAAAAAAAAUGUUUAUUAAACUACAAAUAACAAUAACUUUAUAUUUUGUUUAUAAUACCAAUUUUAAAAAUAUUUAUAAUUAUUAUUAUACUUGUAACGUAUAAUAAUUCUUUCUGUAUUUAUUUAGCGAGCAAAGGUUGCCACCAUUGGGUUUAUUAUACUGUAUUAACUACAGUGUAUUGAAUUAAAUAAAAUGUUUACAGUAAGUUUAAAAAUGACCACUGUUAACAAAACAUGUCUUAAGAAACUUUUGAAAGAUGUGAUUUCAGCCAAUUUCCUGACUUUAAACAAUAAGUACUCAGAUAAAUGGUAUCCAGACAUAGAAUAUAUGAAAAAAUUUCAAGGACCACUGUUAUAUUGUGACGAUCCGACAAAAUAUAAAAUUGAACAUUGGAGUGGUGAAGUACCAAGUGAAGAAAAAUGCAUUCGGAACAUGAUUAUCAACAUGGGCCCCAAUCAUCCAUCAGCCCAUGGGGUGCUAAGACUUAUUUUAGAACUUGAAGGAGAGGUUGUCGUUCGAGCAGAUCCUCACGUUGGAUUUCUUCAUAGGGGAACUGAAAAAUUGAUUGAGUACAAGACGUAUACUCAAGCUUUGCCUUAUUUCGACAGACUUGAUUAUGUAUCACCAAUGGCUUAUGAACUCUGUUUUUCGUUAGCAGUCGAAAAAUUACUAAAUAUUGCUGUUCCAAUAAGAGGACAGUAUAUCAGAGUACUAUUUGCAGAGCUCACACGAGUUCUACAUCACGCGCUUGCUUUAACAGGGCAAGGGCUAGACAUUGGGGCCAUCACCCCAUUUUUUUGGAUGUUUGAAGAAAGAGAAAAGAUAAUGGAAUUCUAUGAAAGAGUAUGUGGAGCUAGAAUGCAUGCAGCAUAUAUAAGACCUGGUGGUGUUUCACAGGAUAUACCUUUAGGGCUAUUGGAGGAUAUAUAUGAUUUCAUUAAAAAAUUUCCGGAAAGAAUAGAUGAGCUUGAGGACAUGUUCACAGAUAAUAGAAUAUUCAAAGAAAGAUUGAUUGAUGUUGGUGUAUACAAUGCUGAGGAUGCACUGAAUUUGGGACUAACUGGUCCUAUGCUACGUGGUUCAGGUGUCAAAUGGGAUCUUAGAAAAGCUCAACCUUAUGAUGUAUAUGAUCAGUUUGAAUUCGACGUUCCUGUUGGUGUCAAAGGGGAUUCCUAUGACAGAGUUGAUGAGAUGAGAGAGUCAUGUAAAAUAAUCUUGCAAUGCUUGAAUAAAAUGCCUGAAGGAGAAGUAAAAACAGAUGAUGCAAAAGUUUGUCCACCACAUAGAGCUGAAAUGAAGGUGGAAGCUGCUUUGACAACUUCCCCAGAUAAUGAAGAAUUAUUGAAACUUAAAACUGAUUUAGAAGAAGUCAUUCAGUUGACCUGUGAUUUAAUUAAGGCCCAGUUGCUGGAUGAUAAAUCAAAUGCAGAUGGUAAUGACUUAUUAGAAAAAGAAUUUUCGGAGUUUUCUAAACCCGAUUCGCCAGUUGCAAAUUCAAAAAAAGAUUGGAGACCUGGAGACGUAUGCUUAGCCCUUUGGGUUCAAGAUGGCCAAUACUAUGAAGCCAGGAUAGAGUCAAUAGAAAAUGAAGAAGUUUCUGUUUUAUUUACGCAUAACAGAAGCGCAGAAGUCACAACCUUGGAGUUUAUCAAAGAAAUACCUCGCUCUGAAAUGUCAAUUAAACCAAAAAAACAUCCAAUAUCUAAAGUUAGAGAAUAUCAGAAAAAGAAAAAACUUAAAAAACUUCAAAGAUAUAAGCAGCUAGAAGAAGAAAGGGAAACAGAAAAAAAUAAAUGGCUUGCAUUUAGUUCUAAGACAACAAAGAAAGGUGUUAUUAAGAAAAGUAUAUUUGCCUCGCCUGAUAAUGUCAAUGGGCGUGUUGGUAUCGGCACUUGUGGUGUAAGUGGAAAGGGUAUGACUGAAUUCGCAGCUGCUGAAAAGUGGAGGAAAGGCACAUAAGACAUUAAAUAGUGUAUUCUCCAGGCUGUAUUAUAAUUAGAUAAAUUGUUUUUCAAAGUGAUUUUUAUGAACUACAUUUUAUAAAUGUUUUUUCUGUAUUGUUAACCUUGAGUUUUCUUUAAAAAAUAUUAAGUACUUUUUUGUAUACAGCUGAAAUGUUUUUAUUUUCAAGAAGAUAAAAGAAACUAGAAUUACCGACUCUAGUUUCAAUUUUUGUUGUAAAUAUUGAUGUAUAUGAAAAAUAUGAUAUGAACAUGAUUAGAAAUAUUGAUUUCAUAACCUAAAUAUUAAUUUGUGUUGUCAGUAAGAAAUAGUUCAAUUAUUAAAUGAAAAACAUUGAAUAAAAUUAAAUGUUGAAAAAAAUUGGUAUUCAUGCUUUAUACGGAUAUAGAUUAUCAUAAUUCCAUUGGCUAUGCAUGUAUAACAUAUGAUCAUAAAUAAAAAACAACUUCUGACACACUGUAUUGUUUCAAAUAAAUAUUUAUUAUCACAUAUUCAAUUAUGUUCGUUUUGUUUUUAUCUUGUAAUUAAAAGAUAUUUGGCAUUGAACACUAUUAUAUUUUAAUGACCAUUGU